ACAGUUUUUCUGAUGUGCUGAGGAGCCCUUGUUUAUUUUUGCAGCAAUUAUGAGCAAUUAUAAUUUAAUUGACAUGCGGAUUUUUUUUCCUCUUGCAUUUUCAUCUUUUGCCACACACCAGCCUUAUGCAUAAUUUCCUACAACUGACUGACUAAUAACACCCAAUCAAUCCUUCAGGUUUUCAACAGGUUGACUUAAACUUCUAUCAAAGACAGUCCUCCUUGUGAUUUUAGUCCAGCUAAUUAAUUGCCAUGUGCAGAUUUAUUAAAGUAACGCGGUUAUCAGACUGAUUAAAGCUCCUCAAUCAGUUUAUCUAAUAAACCAUUUGGACCCACACAAAUGUGAACAGCAGUUUGCUGCAGAGACAAACGUCUCCCUGUUGGUGGUCCACUGGAAGGCCAUUGGUUGAUGGGCCAGGCUAUUUGCAUAGACCGGGGCUUAUAGUCCCACAGCAAAGUCAGAGUUGAACACAGUUGUGAUUCGACCUGGCAUAGUUCAAGUGGUGGGUCGUUUGCAUCAUUUAUGACUUUUUCGAGCAGCUUUUUCUAACCCCCUCAAGAUGGGAUUCUGGAAGAUUGUUGGACUGUGCACGCUGCUGACUUCAUUUUACACUGUUCAGUGUACAACUACAAGGUAUUUGACCUAUGAAGAGGAUGCACCCGGGACAGAGAUAGGCAAUUUGUCCCAGGAUUUAAAGAUUGAUCCAGCCGAUGACCCUGACACAUCCUUCCGCUUCAUGCAAGAAAACAACGCCACUGUGAUUCAAAUGAGGGAGAUUGAUGGACUCCUGAGUGUUGCAGAGGUAAUUGAUCGAGAGCAGCUCUGCCCCAGGUCUCCGCGUUGCUUCAUCACCUUCGACAUCGUGGCCUUCUCCAAAGAAAAGUUUCAACUCAUCCACGUGGAGAUCGAGGUAAAAGACAUCAACGACCACUCUCCCCAAUUUCCGAGCAACGAGACGAACCUGGAGAUAGUUGAGAAUGUCCCGCUGGGUUCGAGGUUCGCACUGCAGGUUGCUCUGGACCAGGACGUGGGUGAAAACUACAUCCAGAGCUACAACAUCUCCACCAGCAGUCACUUUGCCAUCGUGGUGCGCGAUCGGGAGGAUGGAGUGAAGUUUGCUGAACUGGUGCUGGUGAAGGAGCUCGACAGAGAGGUGGAGGACUCCUACACACUCGAAGUAACUGCAAGUGAUGGAGGAGUGCACGCAAAGUCCGGAUCGAUGAUUGUAAAUAUCAAAGUGCUGGACUUUAAUGACAACAGCCCGACGUUUGAGCACAGCUCGCUGAAAGUUGAGUUGAAUGAAGACUCUCCGGCGGGUCACCGAGUUGUCAAAGUGCACGCCUUCGACCCGGACGACGGUGUCAACGGAGAGGUGAUGUACGCCUUUGCUGACGGGUUAUCCCCAGAAGUUGGUCGCCUGUUCCUCAUCGAUCCUUACUCCGGGGACGUGACCUUGAAGGCGCCGGUUGAUUUUGAGAAAAGGAGGUCAUACGAGCUGAACAUCAGAGCCUCGGAUUCGGGCGCGAACUCCGUCCCGUCCAGCUGCAAAGUUUGGAUCGACGUCGUGGACGUGAAUGACAAUGCGCCCGAGAUCAGCAUCAAACCGAUGACUUCCAGCAGUGAUGGAGUCGCCUACAUCACCGAGGCUGCAGCCGCGGAGAGUUUCGUGGCUCUGAUCAGCACCUCGGACAGAGACUCUGGCUCCAACGGGUACGUGCGCAUCAGCCUGCUCGGGCACGAGCAUUUCACCCUCCAGCAGGCGUAUGGAGACUCCUUCAUGAUCAUAACCAGCGCUGUUUUAGACCGAGAGAAGAUCCCAGAGUACAACCUGACCGUGGUUGCAGAGGAUCUGGGGAGCCCACCUUUCAAAACAGUCAGACACUACACCAUCCGUGUCACAGAUGAAAAUGACAACCCCCCUCUCUUCAGUAAGUCAGUUUAUGAAGUUUCAGUCCUGGAAAAUAACAUACCAGGUUCAUAUGUGACCACUCUUGUAGCCCGAGAUCCAGAUGUGGGAAAGAAUGCCAAAGUCUCUUACAAAAUCAUAGAUUCAGAGGUGCCAGGUGGAGCUCCAGUGUCCACUUAUGUUUCUGUGGAUCCACUCUCAGGCUCUUUGUAUUCUUUAAGGUCUUUUGACUACGAGACCCUUCAGCAGAUAGAGCUGGUCAUCCAAGCUGAAGACAGAGGUUCACCCUCUCUUUCGAGCACAUCCACAAUCAGGAUUAGAGUCGUGGAUCAGAAUGACAAUUUUCCAUACUUCACCUUCCCCGUCCUUUUGAAUGACUCCGCUGAUAUUCCUCUGCCUUUCAAUGCACCCGCCGGCUAUCUUGCCCUUCGCGUCUCAGCUGAAGAUGAGGACGAGGGAGUGAACGGCGAGCUCUCAUACCAAAUUGUGCAAGGUGACCCAAAGCUUUUCACAAUGAACAAAGACACAGGAGAGAUUGCUUUAAAACAAUGGCUGACAGCUGAAAUUGGAGACGUGCUGGAAAUGAAAAUCUCUGUGAGUGACAAUGGCAGGUCCCCACUCACUAGCAGUGCCACUAUUAGGUUUGUCAUCUCAGACACAGAGCCCUCUCAAGACCAAGUCGUCAUUGUGUUGCGGUCAAGUGAUGAAGACGGCUCCAGCUUGGACGGCUCACUAAUUGUCAUUAUUAUGCUCAGUGGGGGUUGUGCGUUUUUGCUGAUUGCAAUAGUGGUUGUUGUUGUCACAUGCAAACUCAGCUGUGGUGGGAGAGAUCAUGGCUCCAAGAGGCAAGCGUGUCACAGCCUGUUUGACACCAGGCCCGUGCCCAUGCUCGGCUCGACAGGACCAAAUAUAUACACCGGCCAGGGAGGCUUCUUUCACGAGAGAACCUCCUCGUCUCUGGAUGAUUCCUGCCUGUAUGAGGAGAGGAGCGGUGACUCAGAGACAAAGAUGUUUCUACCCUCCAAGCAUUUCCAAACAACAUCUGUGUGGCAAGGCGACAAAUACUGCUUGCAAGUGAGCGGCAUUGGCAACACCGACCAGCUGAGCGUGAAGGACAGCGGUAAAGGGGACAGUGACUUUAACGACAGUGACUCUGAUAUCAGCGGCGACGGAGGCAAGAAGAACUUCAGUACCUUCCAGCCGAGGCUAAAAAGUUCAUCCAGCGCUGCUAACAGCCUGUCUGGGGAUUUUCAAGGCACCUACUGUGCAGUACCACCACAGAGCUUCAGACCCCCCAGAGACAAUGCAUACACAAUAGGCUUCUCCUCCGCACCAGUAUUCAACAAUCCUCAUGGCUUUCACCACUCUUGGAUGGAUUCUGGUUAUGGCACAAAUCGCCCUAAAUCAAGGAGCAGCAUGCAGACUUUCUCCAGGACCGGGACCCUUCCUUCUUAUUUCCCUCAACAACAGCGCGGCGCUGGUGUUGGAGGGCCUGAAAUCCACAAGCAGAGUCCAAAUACUGUAACUGUGACUACGCCAUUAGAGGUUGCAACUAUCUUUUAAAAGCUGUGCCAAUGAGGUCAUAAAGAUGUACCUGGAAGAUGUAAAAUUUUGUAAAACAGGGUAUUACUAGUUAACUGGUGUGUAUAUAUUUUGUAUUAUUAUGAAAUACGUUGUCUUUAUUAAGUUAUCCAAUAUACUGUAUUCAAUGAUGCACUAUGGUGUUUUCUUUUUCCAAUAAAAAGUAUGUUUGAAAUAAUGAAAAAUGACAUUUAGUCAACAAAUUCCUGAAAUAUGUCAACAGCACCAACACAGCGAGAUCAGAAAAUGCAUGAAU